AUGUACCUUUUAGUUGACAUACCUGGAGUUGACAAACUAAAGUUUGAAGAUGUUGAAAAUGUAGAGGAGAAAUUAAACGAUCUUUGUAUCCCAUGUUCAAAAUGGAUAUGUAGUACAAAUGGUGGGAUAAUUUCAGCCAGGGCCAAAUUUCCCUUAUUGGGGGGCAAGGGAGGCUUUGGAGCCAACCUUAAGGCUGCAGGUGGUAAGUCCAAAGGUAAAUCUGUUGGGUCUAUCGAUUUACAAAGAGAUUUAACCACUGGAGAAAGAGUUAAGGAUUUAAAGAAAUUAAAGAAAUUAAAUAAUGCCAUUCAAAAUUGUCAAGAUGAAGAACGAUUAAGAUUACAAGCAAAGAGGGAAAAAUUAGAACGAGCCAUAGCAUAUUACGAGAAGAAAUUGGCACCAAAUGAGAAGUUUGAUGACGUUGAAUGGGAGCAAGAAGCUGAAAAAUUGAUGGAUGAUUUACAAGAAACUUUAAGUGUUGCAUUUGAAAGUGAAGAUGAAGAUGAGAGUGAAAGUGAGGAUGAAGAUCAAGAUGAAAGUAGUGAGAGUGAAGAUGAGAAGAAUAAAAGUAAAGAAGAUAAUGAUGAGAAUAAGAAGAGUAAAGAUCUUAAAGAUGGACAUGAAGUAUCAAUAGAGAACAAAAAAGCUCCUAAAUUUGCAUCAUUCUUUGACUAA